GUCACAACCACUGCCAUGGGAGAGGGGAAGUGUACAUGCAAAAUUCGUUUGUUGUUGUCUGUGAAGUUAGCGUGCUAGCCAGCUUCUUUAUCAACAAAAGAGGGUCAGCCUUCUAUCUAGUGAUGGUACUAAGUGGCAUGUCCAAAUAUGUCUGAGAUGCUACUGAAAGAAAUGGAGGAAAUAUCUCUUACGAGUCACCAUAAAGGAAUUGAAGAGAAUGGUAGCGAGAGGAGUUUCCUUUUGGUUGACGAAAAUGAAAACUUACAGGUUCGUGAUGUCGAGCAUUUCCUACAGAAGCUGGGCUUUGACAGUGACAGCACCCUUGGCGUCAAGGUCUUGUCCAUCUUUGGCAACACCGGUGAUGGCAAAUCCCACACACUCAACCAUGUGCUUUUUGACGGAGAGGAGGUGUUCGCCACCUCGCCCUCCCCCACCACCUGCACGGUCGGUGUGUGGGCUGCCUUCGAGCCCAGUCUGGGCCUGGUCGUCCUGGAUACCGAGGGCCUCCUCGGCGCCACCACCCACCAGAACCGCCGAAUGCGGCUGCUGCUGAAGGUGCUGGCCGUGUCGGACAUUGUGGUGUACCGGACACGGGCCGAGCGGCUGCACAACGACAUGUUCCAGUUCCUGGGGAGCGCCUCUGCUGCCUACCUGCGGUACUUCACCCCGCAGCUGCGCGCCCUCUCCAGCCGCUGCGGCCUGGACGUGCCCCUCUCCAGCCUGGGGCCUGCCGUGAUGGUGUUCCAGGAGACGUCACGCACACAGCUGCUGGGACAGGAUAGCUCAUGUCCAGGCCAGGCUGACACGCUACUGCAGAAGCGCUUCCAUGACCUCAACCUGACCACUGAAGCCUUCAGCUCGUUCCAGUAUGUGGGCACUCAGACCAUCACGCCCCCUACAGACUACUCCCAGCUCCUGCAAGCUGUCAGGCACCAGGUGAAGAACAUGGCUACCCGCGCCCCACGCGCACCUAGUAUUGUCUUCAGUGCGCUGCAGGCCCUGAGUGAGAGGUUCUGUGGGGACAUUUCUGAUGAGAGGGUCAGCGUCUACUCCUUCUUCCCGGAUGAGUACUUCACCUGCCCAUCAGUUUGCCUCAGCUGCAAUGUGCGGUGCAAGAAUGGCAUGAACCACCAGAAGGACGGUGUACACCACAGAGCUGAUGGCUUGUGCCAGUAUGCUCAUCAGUACAACAACAAGGUCCUCAUUUGUAAGAGGUGCUAUGAGGGAGGUCGGGAGAUGAUUGUGAUACCCAAGACCUCAGCCUCAACCGACAACCCCUGGUUUGGCCUAGCCAAAUAUGCCUGGUCAGGGUAUGUACUCGAGUGUCCCACCUGUGGCAUCAUCUACCGCAGUCGGCAGUACUGGAUGGGGAACCAGGACCCUGAGGGCAGUGUGGUCCGAACCGAAGUCAAGCACGUCUGGCCUGGGUCAGAGCUGUUCCCCACCGACCAUCAGAAUGCAGCCCAGCGGGUCCUGGACGGCAUGAACUUCGUCAUCCAGUCAGUGUCCGAGUACAGCACCGGACCCACCAAGGCCAUCACGUCCUGGCUCACAGACCAGGUGGCGCCGCCUUACUGGAGGCCCAAUGCAGAAAUCAUGGCGUGCCGUGCCUGUGAGAAGCCCUUUGAGGAGCUGGAACGGAAGCACCACUGUCGUGCAUGUGGCGAGGGCUUCUGCCAAGCCUGCUCGUCCCGCUCCAUGCCUGUACCGGAGCGCGGCUGGGGCAGCGGGCCCGUGCGCGUCUGCGAUGCCUGCUACCGCCAGGGAGGCCCCAACACCACCACCACCAUCACCACCAACCAAGCGGCCCAGUUGGAGCCACACGCUCUAAUGGCGCGUAAAGUGACGGAGGUGGCCCAGUCAACACUGGACAUGGUGUCCACCGCUGUGGACUACCCCCUGUGUUUUGUAAAGGGUGUGGCACGGCCUGACUACUGGGUGCCCGAUCACGAGAUCGUCGAGUGCCACCAGUGCCACAAGGCCUUCACGCCCAGCAUCCCCAAGCAUCACUGCCGGGCCUGCGGGCAGGGCGUGUGUGGCGGCUGCUCAGCCCAGAGCCGGCCAGUGCCCUCUCGUGGGUGGGACCAUCCGGUGCGGGUGUGUGACGACUGUGCCAGGCAGAAGGACAGCCUGUAGAGGAAACCUGGGAAAGCCUUAGACAGACACUAUUUCAUAUACAUAGACUCGCAUAUACACACACACACACACACACACACACACACACAAACACACUAACACACUCACACAUACACACAUACCUGCCAAGGAGUCUGAGCUGUCCAAGGCUGUCUGUUCCUCUGUUCAUUCUGUUUACUCUUCUUGAUGAAAAAGCUGAUGCCGUUGUCAGUAGGGGUGGGCGUAGUAAAGUCCUCAGCAUGACCAUUGGCAUCAGGGAAUAACUCCACCACUAUCCACUCAGCCAAGAGCCUUCUGAUUCAGGUGACCCCUCCUCUCGCCCUGCGUCUGUGACUCAUCUCAGGCCUCGCUGACCACGUGGAAUUCAGGACAUGUAGUUAACCCAUUCUGCAGCAUUUUAAACAAAUAAGCAGACACGAGAAACACAUUAAUCGUCGUAUAAACACUUUGUUUUUUCGACAGGGAAAUGAGCAAACUAUGUAUGAUUUAAUUUGUUUAGAACUUGCUGCUUUUGAGUGAAGCUCUGGUGGAGGUGACAAGACAGGGAUGGGCUGUCAUCCGCACAUCUGCAGAUAGCAUAAGGACUUUGCCGAGCCAAGUUACACCUCACCUUAUCGCGGGACUUUGUCCCUAUACACUGAGCACUUUUUUUUUCUGUAGGCAAUCCUGGGCACUGGAACGUGCUGCAUAGGUCAUACAGUCCUCAGCGGAGAGAACAGCCACUAAAAUCGGUUCCGCUGGGGCGACCGGUGACGUGACAAAUAAUAAGCGUUUAGUACAUAUGCCGUGUAGUUAACAUUCCAGUGAUGGUCUAAGGCGAUAGUUGUCGUCUUCGCACUGCACCUCUCCGUUCCUUAUCAUAUCCAGUGGGUUAAUGUUUACCAGUGAGACAGGCGAAAUUAACACUUUUUUUUUUCUCAUCUCACCAGCUGUGUAAUGAAUUUGUACUCUUAGUGGAACUCACAUGGCCAAUAACAAUCAAGAGGAGACUGCUGCGUGGUGCAGGUGGCGAGCUUGCUGUGGUCUACAGUGCAGCGUGGGUGCCCGGCUCCUAAUGCUGAGUUAUAUUGAGUUAAAGCUGAGAUUGUUGAGGGAGAGGCAAGUCCCUUAAAGCAUUUUUAAUGCUUCAUCUGUGUCCCAGUAUCUCCAUCUCUCUUUUCCUCUCAGAUCAUAGACUCUCUUACACUCUCACUGGAAAUGUAGCAGUCAUAUUAGUCCUUUAGACAUGCCCCGGAACUGGAUAUGCAAAUGCAAGACUGUACAGUUAUUAACCAAAGCUAUGAUUUUUAAAUUGUAUAUAAUUGAUGUUCUUCCUCAGACAAUCUGUGUUUUUUCUGCUUUCUUGUAAUAAGUAUUAAAGAUGAUCAUAAACCUU